AGAUCGGCCAGCGCGACGACGUGACGUGCGCGACAUACGGUACGUGUCAUUAUAAUCGGUCCGCGAAGUACGUAAGAAUGCGUAAUCUCGUUUAACGGUUUUCUCCAUCGAUCCCGAUCUCCAUCGAUCGCGUGUGGUGUCAGUGAAGCGCGGCGAAAAAAAAAAUAACGAACUGUGAACUAGGAACGAGAACGGUGUGAACGGUGAACGGCGAAAGACUCGUUUCUCGAGGAGAGUGAAAAUAAGAAGAGGCAGCGAAUACACGUCAACGAUGGCAGAUCGUCCCGCCUGUAUCGCGAUCGCUGUCCUGUUGCUACAGCUCACAGCUUUCGCGAACGCGAUAGAGCCUCACCUGGAGAUCAUGCCAAGCGGCGACACGCAGACGAAGCCGAUCGGCUCCAGCAUCAUUCUCACGUGCAAUCCGAAGGUAGACAAUCCGGAGCUCGUCCAGGACAUGCAAUGGCUCGAUCCGCAGAAUCGCGUGAUCGAGUCUCUCAAACUCUCCGUCUUGCCGAUCGAAAGAAAUCAUGACCUUAUUUCUUCCAACACGCACACGGGUCACUCCAAGCCUGCCAUGUACACUGAGCUGCAUCAGGAUCAUGGUCUGUCCCUGCUCUUUAAUUCUCUCCAGGAGGAGCAGGCUGGCAAGUACACCUGCAAGGGUACUUAUGCGCAUAACCAGCCAUUGAACAAGUCCGUGACGAUCGAUACCAUUAUUGCGAUCACGUGGGACGACGCGCCGAUAAAUCAAUAUCCAAUUCUCGGGGAGGACUUUUCUAUUAUGUGUCGAGUACGCGCUAGGCCUUCACCUUCAGUCGAUUGGCUUUACAAUGGGGAAUUGAUAAAGACGAACGAUCGCUAUAUCAUAAAUGCAUACUCCUUAAAGAUCAAGAAUGUACAAGAAUCCGAUGAUGGUAUAUACACUUGUCGUGCGUCGGUGCUGACAACAGGAGAAUUGCAAGAGCGACUUAUCCGCGUUGAGGUACACACACGACCGUCGAUCGAGGAAUUUCCGAACCCGAUAGAUAUCAUUGAGGGUGAGAACGCAAAUAUCGAGUGCAGGGCCACUGGCAAACCGCCGCCAACAUUCACAUGGAUCAAGACUCUCACCCAGCAGAAUCUCUCCAUUGCCGAUCGCUUCGGUGUCGAUCCGGUUACAGGUGUGCUUACCAUUACUAACGUGAAUCGCGAAGAUGCGGGCGAGUAUCAGUGCACCGCGACAAAUCUUGCCGGUACAGUCAACACCAACCUCCAGGUGAACGUAAUUGUCAAGCCGAAGAUUAUGGAGUUUCAAAACAAGACCGUGGUUGAGGGCAAGAGCACGGAGAUUAUGUGCAAGGCCUUCGGCCGGCCGCCUCCCGUGGUGACCUUUAGGAAACUCACGGCCGACAAGCAGUACGUGAUGGGCGCUCAGCCGCAGGACGAUCGAAUAAUCAUGACGUACAGACCGAAUGACGUGUCCGGCGAGACGGACGGCAUCUUAACGAUCCAAAACGCUCUUACCAACGACGACGGUCUGUACGAGUGCGUGGCGGAGAACGCCGGCGGUGUCGCUUACAAGAACGGCCACCUGACAGUCGAGUUCCCGCCCUCCUUCCGCAACAUGCCAAACAUCACGGUCUAUUCGUGGGAGCAGCGGCCGGUGAAUCUCACCUGCAUCGCCGAGAGCAUACCGAACGCAACGAUACGCUGGACCAUGUUCGGUGAUCGGACAGUCGAAAACGAUAUCAUGAUCCAGGUGUUUGGCAACGGACCAAUCUCUACUCUUCAGAUACGGCCGGUCGAUCGGAGGUAUUAUACCAAUUACAAGUGUAUCGCCGCGAAUACUCACGGCACGCGAGAACACAUAAUCGAGCUGAAAGAGGCAACAAAGCCCGCCGAACUCUUGAGCGUUAAAACAGUCGAACUCACCGCCACGUCAAUAAGAUUCGAUCUGAUACCACCGACACCUCCGGAUCUACCCGUCAAAACCAUUACCGUGCAAUACAAGGAUAAUAAUCAGAUCUGGCAAAACGCGAAAAACAAGACGUGGUCUGUCGGUUCUGUAUAUGUCAUCGAGGGCUUGAAGCCGCAGACGCCUUACGAUUUCCGCUUCGCGGCGAUGAACGACGUCGGUCUAGGUAAUUGGGGUAACGAGCAGCACGAGAUCACACCUGGCAGGACGGUGCCAAACCAGCCAAAGAUCCUGACUACGCCUGGCUCUGAGUACGAGCAGUCAGCAUUCAAUAAUCAGUACGAGCUCAGUUGGCUGGCGCCGCCCGACAACGGCGAGCCCAUCGACAUGUAUCUGAUUAAGUACUGCCAAAUAAGACGGGUUACGGGCGAAUGGGAAUUGGUGGACAAUACCUGUCAGGAGAUCAAGACCCAGACUAGGACGAGGCAGUAUCUGAAGGGCUUGAGUUCCAAUACCUUUUAUCAGGUCCAGCUGCAGGCUCACAACAUAAUAGGCUACAGCAAACCCGGAUUCGCCAAGUUCAGGACGGCCAAAGAAUCUGCGGGCAACACUGUGGACUACGUAUUAGAAUCUGCUGCUGGUGAUACUUGCAAGAUCGCCGUGGCCACCAUAACUGCAGCAGUAAUGCUUCUAUCUCUAGCCAUUUAGAGUCGCCGUAAGGAAUAUUUGCUCCUCGCAUUCGCGCUAAUCCUCGUGAACCGUCAUAAACACACGCGUGUACGAAGAGAGGCGAAUUCAUCGACAGUACAAGCGAGAGACACCACGAUGGAUGAGAAAGAAAGAGAGAGAGAGAGAGAGAGACAUACACACGCUCUAUUAAUAUAACACACAAUCAUUCGUGAUUUCCUUGCGAAUCUAGUGUUUCGUUCGAAUUUGAUCUGAAUAAUAACGCGAAUCUCACGGAUACUCGAAACUGAAAAAAUAUUCGCGCGAGACACAAUGACGAAAGUUAAACGCGCGACAUUCAUACACACACGUACACGCGCAAUUGUGUGUGUCGUUCAUUUAUACCCUUAUAGUGUAAUAAAAGGAUCAACAACAACGAAGAGCCGAGGGGAAAAAAAAAAAUUGAUUCAACGAUACAUUCCGAGAUAGCGUUUAAGUAGGGUUUUAUAAGAAGAGAAAAGCGCGUAAGAGAAGGAGACCCGCGCGAAGCGAAGUGUAUAUUUAUACUUAUUAUUUGUUAAAUGCGCUCACUGUGUUAGUUUAAACGUACUGGUACGUUUUCUUCUUAAUUUUUUUUUCCUUUCCGGAUUGUGCUAAGGCUGUAUACUCCUUUGGGUAAUUCUUGUAAGUGACGGGUGCGCUCACCUGUUGUUCGUCGUGGUGCGAGGAAACUCACGUGACCAAAAUGAUAACGUAUAUUGUAUCUCAGUUAUAAUAUUCCGUCUUACACAAACGCGUUAUACAAUUUUUAUUUUAAUAAUUAAAGAUAUUCAGAUUUAUCUACAUUCUUAAAUGGAGAGUUAAGGUAUUUAUAAGUCACUGACGACAUGUUCAGUCGUCAGAUUUUUGCAAUUUACGAACUUUUGUAUGUGGGAUUAUAUUAUAGCGAUAAUUAAAAAGAAAGGAAUGUGCUUCCCUAUAUAUAUAUAUAUAUAUAUAUACAUAUAUAUAUACAUAUACGUACGUCGGUUCGAGCGCGAACAAUUUAUGAAACAGAUAUCUGGCUACGAGCGUGAGACUAUAAGGUAGCGAGACAGGUAUAAGAGUGCUACUGCCCUCAAUUGCCAACUAUUCACGCGCAAAGCUCGGCGACGAAAGAAAAAAGUCGAUAUUAAGAGGCGAGCAGUCGCGAGUUGUAAUCGCGGCGACUCGUAAAUCGCGCACACGCGAAUACGAAUGUAAUACUCGUACCUCGUCGAAUGCCUGCAAUCGGAGCACCAGAACCGUUCAUAUUGCAUUAAUUAAUAUACGUCGGGUACUAAUUUUAGACGAAACUUUUUUUUCACGUGCCUUUUUUGCGAUCUAACUUUUUUUUAAAGAGGAAGUUGAUAAUAAACGUUUUAAGGAGAUGAUAAGGAGAACGCAAUGGAAGGAAGAGGGAGAGGAACAAUAGAGCGAUUAAGGAAACUUGAGUACUUGGACUAGCUCGCCGAUCCAUCAUGGGGCUGUCGGGGGAAAAGAAAAGAUUAAUCGAGUUAUAUAAUGCAUAAGAAACGCGAUGAAAGAAUCUUGUACUACGGUCCUUGUCGGUGGAAAAAAAAAUCCGUUUUUAUCGAUGAAUACGUGGACAGACAAAGCGCGAAGACAUUUUCCUGUUUGAGUCGACGACACUCUCACAAGUCGCAUCCGUGCGAUAUUCUUUCGCGAGCCAAAGAAUUUCACACGGGGGAAUCCAGAACCCUUAAUUCUAGAGCCCGACUCUAUCCAAGUGCGAACGUAGACUUGAAAUAGUAGAGCCGCGAAAAUUGACAAGAGAUCGCUUUACAUAUUCCGCAAAGCUAAAAUUUAUUUGCAUUUUUAUAAGGAAUAAUUUAAAGUUGCGCUAUAUUUUAAAGUUUUUUUUUUUUUUGUUUUAGAGAUUCAAAAAUUUUUUUUUAUAUUUUACCACAAUGAAAUUAUACAUCAAAUUAUUAUAAUAUAACAGCUGAUUAGCAUAUAUUUUAGUUGUUUUAUAUAUAGAGAAAUUAUAUGUAACAUCGUAUUCUCCCUUCUCAUGAAGAACAUUUCUUUAUAAUAUUUAUUUAUUUUGAGUGUAAUUUCAUUGCAAAUAAUUAUAUGAAUAUUCUCGGAUUGUGUUCGAUUCAACAGUCGAGUUCUAGGAUUAAUCGCGCGGCAAAAUUUGAGAGAGUCCACACAUACAAUGACUCGCACGACUGGCAGACUGGCAAUUAAAUUUUUCAGUUGAAUUGAUUUCAGUGUGAUUGCGUAUGAUUUUUUUCUCCUCUCUUGCCUUUGAUUUUGUUUAAUAUUUUAACUUUCUGGGAAAGCUCGUGCAGUCAUUAGUUCUGCUUGACUAGUUUUGAGAUACGUGUUUAGUGUGCGCAUGAUCUGUGUGUUGCGAUAUCAUUACGAUUAUAUAAUUCUCUCUUAUUACAUUUAUAGUAUAAUUAUAAAUUUAUUAUUAUUAUGCCGUAGUUUUUUCUUACGUAUUCUACAUAACCGCCGCUACCGAUAAUAGCCGCAACUUACCGCCAUCUAAUUAUCACUAGAAACCAUUGUCGUGAUUAAUUACUAAUCUCUCGGGCGAGAUAAGAACAGGAAUCGAGAGCGAUCUAAUUUCGACGAGUUCAAAUUACGAUGCGAGAGACACACAAAUGUCAUUUUCAACGUGAAAUGGAACUGGAAAAGUUGGAUAAAGAUUACUUAUUUAAAUGUACUAAUUAAAUGUCUUGUAAUAGCUAUUUGAUUACGCAGUAUAUUUUGUUUUUGCAUAAUGAAUAAUUACAGGAUUAUAGAAAAUGACUAGAAAUUAAGAGUCAUAGUUUUUGUCGAUUAUUACAAACGCUGAGUUCCUUCCAUUCGUCCGUUCGUCUAUCAAAAUAUACCAUAUAAUUAUUCCGAUCAAUGAACUUAAUAGCAAAAUAUAUCCUUCCGUAUUCUUUCGUGUCGGAAAUUGAACUCGGCGGAAUUAUUAUGCAGUUUCGAUCCCUGGAUAAGAGACUACAAAAGGAGCGCAGUUCGAUCUCGAAGGCCUGGUCGUAUCCGGAACGCGGGCGGUCUCUUACCUCAAGUGCCUGUAGUCACACACAUACACACACACAUACACACACACACACACACACACACACACACACACACACACACACACACACACACUCAAUACAUACGCAAUUGACCGUUUCCCUUGAGGCUCGCGCGAAAAACAUCGACGAUCGAUCUCGAUGUGACGAGGUCUUCGACCUGUAUCUUUCACGUCCCUUUUAUUGUAUGUCUUCGCAAAUACCUGGGUUCCUAGAUAUUAGCCCACAACGCAUGGCAUGCGCUUUGUUAUCGUUACCAUCCCCCUUUCCCGGGUCCCCUCUUCUCUCUUCCUCUCCCUCUUUUUCUUUUUUUUUUUUAACUUAGCGAUGCGUCGCGCCGAGUUCCAUUCGGCGGUGUUCCCAUUCCACACACAACAUAUUCUUCCCGUUUCGACGGAGAACAUGGAGAACUCGAGAGUUCGCGAAUUCCUCGACGUCAGAUACAGCAAACGGUGUAUAGAAUUUUGAUAAUGGAUUAUUUUCCAGCACAUACGAGAUCGAUUUUUCAUAAGAAAGUUUAUAAGAAUUUAAAACUGAUCGCUGCUUUUCGAAAAAUCCUGCAAAUUGGAAGAAAUUGAUAAAAUUAGCUUCGAGAGAGCUUUAUUUUGAAUAAAUCUGAUUUUAGCAGAGAUCUUAUCAAGUAAAGCUUAUUGAGCAAAUAAACCGCGCGUGCGCGAUAUAUUUAAUUCUAAAAAAUAUUGAAAAACUGAUUGCGAUUAAAUUUGCGCUAAUGAAAGAUCGAUUUCAUGUAUUUGUUCGUGAAAAUUCUAUCAUGAAACUUUAACACGAUUCUAAAGUGGAGAUGGACCAUAUUACAUACACGAAUAUAGCAUAAGAACAAUACGAUUUAUAUUAAUUGCCGAUUAUACCGAAUAACAUUAUCCGAUCGGCGAUAAUGUGAUAACACCAAGCCGAGAUACCCAUUGACGUUCGUAACAAACUUGUAUCAAGAUUGAAGCGCACAUGGCCGUACUAUCACGAAUAUUUGUGCGUUCGCAGAUCUAGCAAAUGUCGGUUAGAAUCUCGAUAUCUUGGAGUCAGACUGACCAAUAAUGUUGUUUCGAAAGAAAAAAGAAAAAUUUAACGGAAAUGCGAAUCUAUCAUGUUGGCAGUUGAAUCUCUUCUUGUCCGACUUUUUUCUUUCGCUUAUCUUUCCGAGAUAAGUUGUAUAAACUAGUAUUGAUCAAUUUGGCUUCAGGGUAUCGACACGAACGUAUCGAUAACGUGAAAGCCGAUAUGUACCGAGACUCCAGCCACCAACAUCGUGAUUAGAUACCACGUGAUAGAUGGACCACAACGGAGCCUCUCCUUACUUCCGUUUACGGUCGAAUCGACCAGAAAAAUUCGACUAGACUCGCAAUCGAUACAAGGAAGAAGACAAUGUUGUUAUUGACGCGCAAACGCGCUGUUUUACCCUCCCGUAACAAUAAUCUCUCAAUCUUGGAAAAGCCGCGAGACGAAUGAAAGGCGCGGGGAAAAGGCUUUAUAUAAGCCUUCGGAUACGCGGCGAAGAAGGACGAGCUCGGGCGGAAGGCUUUAAAACUAUUAAGACAAUGUCGACAAUGAGCAGCGCAGCCGUGAAAGGAGGAAGGGAGGGCGAGGGAGGGAGGGAUAGUUGCCCAAACGGUUCCGUCGUGAAUUCUCUCUUCGACGAGCUUUCCUCUAUUCCGGCGAAAAUCGCCCGCCAAGAGAACACGUUCCUCGUAACCGGCCAACGGAGAUUCGCGCUCUGUCUCGCUAGAAGGAUCCGUGGAAUUGCAAUAGCGAAGUAUAGACUACAUAGUAUCGAUUUAGUACAUCGAACUCCGACAAAGAGACUCUGGGGCCUCUUCCGUCAUUUCGCUUUGUCAAAUAGAAUCCCGCACAAUUCGGCCCGAGUCUAAUCUACUUUUCUCGUUUCCCGGAACGCUCUGUGUAAAGUCGUUUAUCGCGCGUUUACCUGGAAAUGCGAAUUACCUUGACGUCGCUCUCGUGCGCGAAACGAGUUUUCGACGCUGUCCGAAUAUUAUUAUUAUUUUUUUUAAAUUCGUUAUUUAUAACGCAUAUCCGAGUAUAUUCAUCGCGAGAUCGCUCGAAAUUAGAUAGUUAAAUUUAGCAAGUUUUUGAUGAGAGUAGGAACCGUUUAUAUACAUAUAUAUAGCUUGAAAGGAUAUGAAAGCAGAGCUGAAUUUAACGCCAAAAGCGCUCGGGAAUAGUUACGAGUUAUACAAAUGGCUCUUUCUGCGCGAUUGUUCGACGUGUGUUCGCGAUUCACGUGGGAGGGACUAAUUACGAGAGCAGUUUGUUCACUCCCGCCUCCUCUCCGGAGAGGAGAUUCAAACCGAUCCUCCGGCACGAAUCGAUCGAAGCCUCUCGAUUCUUGCGCCGGGAUUGUCUCUCAUGCUCCGGCUUUGUUUUGCACUCGAGAAUCGAUCCCUCGCGCAAACUGCGCGCCCCCGGAUAAAUUGCGAGCGUAUAAAUGCUCCGUUCGCCGACGGCUCACGACUCAUUGUUCCGCGCCGAGCGUUUGCUUUCACCCGACGUUUCGAGCACACCGGAGUCGUGUCAUCAUCUCGAGGACGCGAUUCCGCGAUGGACGAGGGGCAAAUCAAUUAGCGGGGAAAACGCCGGGAUUAUUCCGACCGACUCGCCGCCUCUCGUCGAGUGGUUGCACGAUCAUCUCGGGAAUUCGUCUCGCGAGAAGAAACGUAGCCUCGUUGUGGGUCGAGGUAUAAUCGCAAUUUUAUAAUUUCGUUGAUAUAAUCAACAGUUGUCAUUUAAUAAUUUUUGCCGACAAUGAAAAAUAAAAUCUUUUUCUCAUUCAAUUUUUUAACUUAUAUUUUGACUGUCAGAAUGCGUUAUUUUUUUUUUUUCUCUUAUUAUUAUUUUCAUCUUGUCAAGAUAGAACUGUCGCGCCGCGUAUCCCUCGAGAGAUGCCGAAAUAAUACGCGCCGGGUAUACAUAUAAUCUCGACGUGUCUAUGUUCGAGCAAGAAAUUUCCCAGCAGCAACAGCGGCACAGCAGCAGCAGCUGGAGUGUUUCUCGUUACGGAGAUAAUCUCUCCGCGCGCGCGCGUGCAAAUGGAUCGCUCGAGAGGAGAGCCGUGUGUUUGCGCUGGCUUGAUGCGCCGCGUCCAUCCUCGAGUAUCUUGCGCGGGGAGAUAGAAACAAGGGAAUACACAGAAGAGAGCCCGAAUAGGUUCGCUCGCGAAUCCGUUCGUGGAACCCUCUCGUGGAACCGGCGCCGCUACCGCUUAUAAAUAGCAUCCUCCGCGUCGGGAGAGGAUGAACCGAGAUGAUCGGCGAGAGGAUCGCAGAGAGAGAGAGAGAGAGAGAGAGAGAUGAACAAACAUAAGCACGAUAUCUCUUCGCGAUCUAUUUCCGAUAGAUGGUUUUCGCGCGUCGAAACGGUUCUGUUUCAACUCUCUCCUAUUGUUAUCGAAAUUGUUCUUUUUUUUUGCAAUUCGUUCUUUUCCUUUAUCGUACUCCGAUUUUGCAGCAAAUUAUAUUUCCACAGUAGUUUCACACGCGUGUAAUGACACGUACGUCGUAGAUAUUAUUCGGCAUAGAUGAGAAAAUUUUCAUUUCUUCUCGAAAUUAAAUUUAUCAUUCCAUUCUGAAGGCAUUUUAUUAUUAUUAUAUCUCGGAGAAAGACAAGAGUUUGAUAUUAAAUAAAAAUAAUAAAAACUAAAAAAGAAUAAUAAAAACAUCAGUAUCGUACCCGGACUCGCGUAUUCGCUCAGCUAACAAACAAUAUUCGAAAAAGCCUUCCGCCGAUGCAUUAGUUCAAUUUUUUGCAGAUUAAUUUUUUUCCACUUUAUUUAAUAGUUUAAUACCUCGUUUAAUACUUAGACAAUUUUCAGACAUUUUCCAGCGCAUUAAAUGAAAUCUCCAUAAACAAAAACUAUUUGUCUCGGAGAAAAGAGAAUGCUUAAAGCGCGCGUAUCAAAACUCUGUGAAAUAAUUUUUUUUAUUGAUGCGCUUAUGUUGUGUUUUUUUUUUCGUAUUCGAUGGCAGAGCGCAGUUUCUGGCGAAGGAAAAAAAAAAUAUAUAUAUAUAUAUACACAAUAUGUACACACAUCGCGCGUAUCGCUAUAUACCGGGGGGUAAUUUCAGACUACGGAAGAUACGCACACAGAUUGUGUCCACGACGGGGAUUAAAGAAUGAUCGUACGCCGCACGCAAUUAGGCACGGACUGAAAAUAAACCGGAAUGCGAAAUCGAAUUUCAACGCGGCCGUUGGCCACCUUUCCCGCUUGCUUUUACGAGACAUUUGAUAGUUACAAUUCCCAUCGUAUUUUAUUAUUUUUUUUUUUUUUUUUAUUUUCUAUUACGAUAUAUCGCUGACUCUCCGCCGUAGCUUUGAAAGGAUAUGUUAUACACCAAACACUUCGGAUACACUUAUUAUACAAUAUACACGACAUGUAUAUGUACAAACGUAUAUAUAUAAAAAUAUAUAUAGAUAGAUAGAUAGAUAAAACAUUUACAUACGUUUAAGGAUAUGUACUAGCCUAGUGCCUAUUAUGUUCGUAUUUAUGAAAAGGAUAAAGCUCGUAUAACUCGUUCUUUCCCUGUGCGAAACAUUCAACAUUGUAAAUAUAACGGAACGACGUAAAAAUAUAUGUGAGUGUUUAAGGAGAAAAGAA